AUGCACCUCACUGGACUCGUUCGUCUGACUGCCAUCGCGGCCACCCUCACGGCCAACGUCAAUGGUCAGGUUGAAUUCAACAGUGACAAUCUUCCGACCAAGCUCAACUACCAAGAGUACAUCUCACAGUUGGCUUUCAACAAGGAAUCGACGGCUCACAUCGACAUUGAGCCGCUAAUCCUCGGAGGAGGCAUCGUACCUCCCGGUACCAAGACGUACACGACGGGUGUGCGUCCGACGGCCAAUGGAACGGACUUCUGCGGCGGCUCCCUCAUUACGCCGACGCACGUGCUUACCGCUGCACAUUGUAUGGCUGGAGAUAUCCAAUACGUCUCUGUCGGAACGCAUUUCCUCAGUGGUACCGUGGACGGUGAGCAAAUCAAGGUUGUCAACUCGACGCGUCACCCUAAGUACGCAGCCGAGACCAACUCGUACGACUUCCUGGUCCUUAAACUGGAGAAACCCAGUACGUUUCCACCCGUCGCACUCGCUAAAUCCAACGAUUCGGAUGUCGUUGACGGCGGUAAUGCGACGGUAAUGGGGUGGGGUGCUACUGCGCAAGGUGGCGAGCAAUCGAACGAGCUACUUCGUGUCGACGUUCCGCUCGUGAACAACACUGCGUGUGCCAAGGUACUAGACGUCGAUGCGACCAUGUUGUGUGCCGGAGGAGAACUCGACAAGGACUCGUGCCAGGGCGACUCCGGUGGACCACUCAUAGUGGAGCAGGCAGUCGAAGAUGUGCUCAUUGGUGUCGUGAGCUGGGGAAAUGGCUGUGGACGUGCUGGGUACCCAGGAGUGUACGCACGCGUGUCUGUCGCAAGAGAGUGGCUGGACAGCGUUGCCCCAGGCGUUCAGUUCCGCUAG